GGUUUUAUUCUUGGUGUUGUUGGUGUUGUUGCUCUACAGUGGCACCUUUGGGCACUGUUUUGUAUUGUGCUGUGUGUGUGUCUCUCUCUCCAUGCACCGACGCUUUCGAUAGCCGUGGUGGAUCAUUCGACGCAGCACGCCUUUCUCUUCUUUAUUUCUUUCUUUCCAGGUCACCCCAGCUGAUACUUUGGCUAUAAUUUUGUGUGUUGUGUAUGAACACGGACACGUGAGCGGAUCAUCGAGGAAGAAGAGAAGAACAUCUGGGGGGAGGAGAGGAGACAGCGGUCCUCAGGGGCGAUCUUUCAGUAGUGCUGAGGGGAGCGACAAUGCGCCGUGCGUGUCGGGAAAGGCAGCUCUACCGUUGGCCUCCGUGGCAGUCACGCCGUUGCUUUCAAGUGAUUCAGCGCGGCCACGACCGGCCACAGGAGUCGUUGUACGACAAGCUGGGCUUUGCGAAGGAUGAGGAGUCCCACCGCGUCCGCCGCAGUGUGCCGGAGCUUCAGCAGGGCCUUCUCCGCCAGGUGGAGAAGCUGACGGAUCCGGUGCACAACCCGCAGGAUAUGAAGAAGUUAGCGGAGCUUAAAACCGCCUAUACGCUGCUGCACGACAGCAACUUUCGCGCCAACUACGGCAGUCAUUACUACGCGUCCAACGAUGCUCGCCUGCACGUGUUGUGCGAUGGCGGUCAAGUCGCCGCGAACUACAACCCCGAGCAUCAACAGUUCACCUACGUGGACCACGCCAUGAAUGUGGGUAGCCGCGAUGUCAGCGGCAGCAGCAGCGUCGCGGCUGGUUCGUUGGAGGGCCAGUACAGCAACGGUAGUGAGGCACCCACCGCGGAGGUGCUGCGAGGCGCCUUCCGCAACGCCACCGGCGCAGGCGACAGCGCCGGCAGCACCACGUCCUCCUCCGCACAGGCUUUCAAGUCGGCCGAAGCGGCAGGACCCCUCAACGGUGCUGACAUUACCCAUCUGCUGCGCAUCACGCUGGAGCAGAGUCUCUUCGGCUGUGAUGUCGUGGUCGAGUUGCACAAGCACGCCAAAUGCGUCACGUGCCGCGGCUCCGGCCGGCAGCGGCUGUCGAGGCUUCGGAAGUGUCCGCAGUGCCUGGGCCGCGGGUCUGCCCACCUGCCCAGCGCCACCUACCACAUUGAGCGCCGCUGUCUCUACUGCGGAGGCGAAGGAACAGUGCCGCCCCCACCCUGCAGGUCGUGCGAGGGCAGAGGGGUCACGCUAAACACACCGACCCGAGUGACGGUGCAGGUACCAUGUGGCACGGUCUCCAAUGCCUUCUUCCGUGUACGUCACUACGGCCACGACGGUGUCCGCGGCGGCCACGCAGGCGAUCUGCUCGUGACGGUGUUGGUGAGCGAGCACCGCUACUUCUACCGCCGCAAGGAGAAGCAGGACGAGCUGCACGCGAUGCUGCCGCUGCCGCUGUCCGUUGCGUUGCUGGGCGGUCGCGUGGAAGUGCCUACCCUGACCGGGCGUGGCCUCGUGCACGUCCCGCCGUGCGUGCGCAACGGUCAGGUGUUACCGUUUAGCGUGUACGGCGUACCGGAGCUGGCAACGUCGCCAGCGGGCACCGCACGGGCGUCGUCUCCGCUGUUCUUCCACGCGCUGGUGAUGAUCCCGCGUGCCGGUGACCUCUCUGGACGGCAACGGCAGGCGCUGGACACCUACGAGCUGCACCAUUCCUCACCUUCAGUAGCCGCAGCAUCGUGCACGGCGGAAUGUGUCACCGAGGUGGAGACGACGGAGGCGCACGAGCAGACCAGCGCGACGACUACAUCAACGUUGCCACCGCCACCGCGGCUUCCGUCACGAGACGAGUUGAUGGAGGAGUGCGCGGCACUGAAAAAUGCAUACCGGCACUGGUUUGCACACAACUAA